UUCUGAACUUGCCACAGCGCUGCAGGAGUGAGAUAAAAUCCAGCCGGCGUUAAACUGCCAGCCAUCUCCAAAGUGCCAGCCAUCUCCCUCUUCCCUCCCUCUUUCUUUCUCCCUCCCGCCUCCCCUCGCUGACGCUGUUUCCAAGGAUCUCUAGCUUUUCCCUCCUCUCGCCUCGCCUCUCUCGCGCGCUGUGUUUGCAUGCCAGUCUGCCGAGCACGGUCCCUGCGCACUUUCCCGAGCCACGAACAAACCCCAGGAGGCAGGCAGGCGCGGGGAGGAGGGAAAUAAAGAAAAGGGACCCAGCCUCGCAGCUCCCUCUCCUUUGUCUCAUCCCACUGCUGACACCAUCCCCAUCUUCGUGACGAUCCCUCCGGGCUUGCCUCAGGACUCCCCAGGAGCUGCUACGAUCUCGCCUGCCUCGGUCGGUCUCUCUCCCUGGAGCGAGAGCCAGACGCGAAGAUGUCGGAGGUCCUGCCUUAUAGCGAGGAGAAGAUCGGUCCCUACGGCGACGGGGGGGAGGUGGGGCAGAUCUCCUUCACUUGCCGUCUGCAGGACACCAGCAACUUCUACGCGGGCGGGCAGAACAAGCGGCCCCCCAAGCUGGGGCAGAUCGGCAGGAGCAAGUGCGUUGUCAUUGAAGAUGACAGAAUUGACGAUGUGCUCAAAAACAUUGCAGAGAAACCACCUCCAGGAGUUUAAAUCUCCCCACGGAGUCGCUUGAGAGAAAAGAGGGAAAAGAAAAUAACUGCCCCUUUAAGAGAUUAUUUGGACAAAAAAGAAAGCUAACUAAUGGCACUUUGAGGUUCUUCUUCAUUGCUAGCCUGUGAUCUAUCUUGCGAAACCUUUAACAGCAGGCUCAGAGGCAGAAGAUGUGAGAGGAGGAAGGCAGUUUUACAGUUUUACACAUGCAAAAAAUAAUAGGACUCUCAGCUUGAUAACCAGAAAUUGCAAAACACAAACUGUCCCAAUUGAAAUGUACGAGGAAGAGCUCAGUGGUCUAAAUUAAGGCUGACACCCCUUUUCACUGAAUGAUGGUGGGUAAUUUUCAUUUGGGAUUUUUGAAGUCUUUUAAAGAACAGAGCAGGAAAAAAAAAGGGGGGGGAAGUGCAGUAUUUUCUGGCCCCAGCAGGAAUCACUGGUUAUACGUGUUCUGAAUAAACACUUGUUUACAUGGUUAAAUUUUGCAAAAACAAGUCCAUCCAUAUGCAUCCAAUAUGAUCUUCAUCUCCAUUUUUUUUAAACGUCUGUAUUCAAGGGAGGGGGAAAUAAUAAUAUAUAACUUUAAACAAAUAUAUAUUUAAUUCUAGUUAUCUUUUAAUCUUUCAGUGGAAUGUGCAGAACCAAAACCUUUUCUCUAAGGAAGGGGUUCUGUGGGGAAGGAUUCUCUCAGGAUUAUUAUUCUUUUCUGAAAACGGAUUGCAACGCUGUCAUUUUGCUGUUGCAGCAACAGGCAAUUGUUCUUAAGGAAACAGAGAUAUUUAAUUUUAUAUGUGAAAGGGGAGUGGAAAAUCAAAAGAUGUGCAUCGCUUUUUCUAAUGACCACUGGCAAGCAACGUGGGCAAUCUCUGCUUUCUUUCUUUUUUUAAAUAAAUAAAUAAAUAUUGUGAUGGUUUAUUCUCUUUCACGGAGUGUAAUUAAAUAAAAAAGAGAGAAAAACAAAAAAAAAGACACACAGAGACACCAACUACAAUCCCGUAACAAGAGUGCCAAAUAUUUUGAAAUGCCAAAAGGCAUUAUUUUUUCCAUUUCUUAUUUUGUGAUUCCGAGUCCACGUAAAGUUGCAUUUUUGUACUUUAAUAAUUCUCUUCUUUAUAAGGCUGUUUACUUACUUAUGUGAACACAUAUACUGACUUUUUGAGUCUUCUGCAUGUUUAUUUCUGGUUCUUCUGAUUCUACUUUGAGUUGGGUUUUUUUGCAUGACAUGCAAAAUGUCUCCGUGAGGAAUUUUUUUGUUCUCUUUGCAUAAACUCUGGAAUGACCUUACAAGGGGUAGUCUUGUUUCCUUUUCUUAUAAAAUAUUGUGUAUAUUGUACUUUUAUCCUUUGCACAGGGCUAUUCUGCAAUGUAUAUUAAAAAGGAAGAAAGAAAAAGCAA